AUGCCUGAGUCAAUGAGCCACUCAGAGGAUGCAUGGGAGGAUGGCUCUUCGGCUUCCUCGCUGUCGUCGACCGGGACGAUGGUCCCGUCACCUACGCGACAGCUAUUCGCCCGAACGGGACGACGACAAUCAUCUCAAACCUCUUUGACAUGGACAGACUUCUUUGACCAGGAACUAUUUCUUCCGGAGGAUGUUGAUAAUCUCCAUAUUUUACACCAUGUCUAUUUAACACCACCGAUUGGAUCAGGCCCGCUUUUUGUCAUGCACCAUGGGGCCGGUUCAUCUGGACUUUCCUUCGCGACGUGCGCAGAAGAGAUCCGGAAGAUCCUCCCAAAGGCGGGGAUCUUGUCCCUAGAUGCUCGAAACCAUGGCCGCACUGUCGUUACCACAUUGGACAGUGAGAUAGAUGAUGGAGCUCCUUCUACGGCGGCUGCAGCCCAGGCUGAGGCCUCGGGAAACGUUGAGCUCGACCUCAGUCUUGAGACCCUGAGCCGGGAUCUAGUCCAUGUGAUCUACCAGACACAAGCUAGGAUGGGUUGGGAGAACCUCCCUGAUAUCGUUCUGGUUGGACACAGUCUAGGCGGUGCGGUGAUUACAGAUGUCGCGAAGAGAGGAGAGCUGGGUCAGAAGCUAUUGGCAUACGCGGUGUUCGACGUAGUUGAAGGAUCUGCAAUGGAUGCUCUCCAGAGCAUGGAGAAAUAUCUUUCGACUCGUCCGACCCGAUUUCCAUCCCUGCUAUCUGGAAUUGAAUGGCAUACUCGCUCUCGCACAAUCCGGAACACCACUUCCGCUCGCGCCUCGGUUCCCUCCCUCUUAUAUGAAGAAAGCGAGCCUAGCGACCCGUCCCGCCCUUGGGUUUGGCGCACUAACCUCUCCGCAACGAAACCUUUUUGGGAAAACUGGUUUGUUGGCUUGAGCAGAAAGUUUCUCGAUGCAAGAGGUGGCAAGCUACUACUACUUGCUGGGACCGACAGAUUGGAUAAAGAGUUGAUGAUCGGACAGAUGCAAGGCAAAUACCAGCUCCAGGUCUUCCCCGAAGCAGGCCACUUCGUCCAUGAGGAUCAGCCUGCAAAGACUGCGCAGAUCUUAGCGGAUUUUUACCGACGAAACGACCGGAGUGCAUUGGUGCUUCCGCCCAAGGUGGCGGAUAUGCAGGCAUCAGCGGCGAUGAAGAAGGGAACUGGUGCUCCUGGUGGCUCAACAGCGCACCAGAAGUAG